AUGCAUGCUGUUUCUAUUGGUCUUGUUGUUGCUUUGAAUUAUCAUAAUCCUUUCUUGAAUCCAUACGAGGAAUUCCAGACUGAUGUGAGACUACACAAGGUCAAUCAUAUGCUGCCUGCAGCCAGUUUAGUGGGGAAACUCAAGUGUCAUCCAGCCAUCAGACCUCUUCUUGAAGGUGGAACUGUCCUCCAAUAUGGUGCCCGUACGUUGAAUGAAGGCGGGUUUCAGGUGCAUGAAAACUUCCCUUUACCUGGGAAUUAUAAGAAAAUUGGAAGGCUGCCCUUUGCCUACCUGCUUGGAAAAUCAUUGAGAAGAGGAGCAAUUGUUGGAUGUUCAGCUGGUUUCCUAAAUGUGCCAAAAAUAAAGGGAACGCACACUGCCAUGAAAUCCGGAAUGCUGGCAGCAGAGGCUAUAUUUGGUGUACUUUAUGAAGGUUUAAAUAUGGAAAUAUAUUGGGAGAAGUUGAAGAAUUCAUGGAUAUGGAAAGAACUUUAUCGGGCUCGAAAUUAUAGACCAGCUUUUGAAUAUGGACUUUUCCCUGGUUUGGCUAUCUCUGCUUUGGAGCAUUACAUUCUGAAGGGAGGAUCACCGAUAACGCUGAAGCAUAGCAAACCUGAUCAUGAAGCAACAGAAGAAGCACACUUACAUUCUCCAAUUCAAUAUACAAAACCAGAUGGGAUUGUGUCUUUUGAUGUGCCCACUUCUCUAUACAGGAGCAACACUAAUCAUGAACAUGACCAACCGGCUCAUCUUCAAUUAAGAGACCCCAAGAUUCCUGAACUUGUAAACUUGCCGAAGUAUGCUGGACCUGAAUUGCGAUAUUGUCCUGCACGUGUAUACGAGUACGUCCCAGGUGAUAAGGGUAAGCUGAAGCUACAGAUCAAUGCCCAAAAUUGUCUGCAUUGCAAGGUAUUACUAGGAUCUGUAUGGAAGAACGAUUACAACUGCUUCUAG